AUGGCUCUGUAUAACCAAACCGUGGAUUUCCUCUCCGAGUCCUUCUCGAACAAUCGGACCCAGAUUCCUCUAUUAGCCGUGACCGGAGCUUCUUUCACACUGGGCCUGCUCGCUCGAUCGCUAUUUCCUCGAAACGAAGGACUAGAAAAUGUUAUCGUCUCACCUCGGUUGACAGUCUUGCCCGGAAUCUCCGAGUCCGAGAAUAGUCAGCUGCCACUCCCCACCGACGUUCUACCCGGUGCGCGUGAUGUCGCUAGCCCAUACGGGUCGAUCCGCGUAUAUGAAUGGGGCCCAGAAGAUGGACCAAAGGUGUUGUUCGUGCACGGCAUCACUACGCCGUGUAUUGCCCUCGGCGGGGUGGCCCAUGCGCUGGCAGAUCGCGGCUGCCGUGUGAUGCUAUUCGACCUAUUCGGAAGAGGAUAUUCCGACUGCCCUGCUGAUCUUCCACAAGAUGAUCGUCUCUUCUCGACCCAGAUCUUGCUCGCUCUGACAUCAUCGCCUAUCUCCUGGACAGGCGAGAAGUCCGGUAAAUUCUGCCUUGUUGGAUAUUCCCUCGGAGGUGGUAUUGCCGCUGCCUUUGCGUCUUAUUUCCCUCAGAUGUUGUCGUCGGUGGUGCUCCUAGGCCCCUCCGGUUUGCUCCGAGACUCGCAGGUCAGCUUCCAGAGCAGACUGCUUUAUUCCAAGGGUCUUAUGCCUGAAAACAUUCUGGGAUACCUGGUUAGCCGCCGACUGAAAGCAGGCCCCUUGGUCACUCCAAAGCCCAAGAACCACAAGCUCGACGCAUCGGAUGCACUCACAGAGGAAAUGCCCUCCCAAAGCGCGGCAGAAGGCCGGGUUCUGUCCCGGGCAUACCCUCACAUCAAUGUCCCUUCUGUGGUGGCGUGGCAGGUGAAUAAUCACGCAGGAUUUGUCCACGCUUUCAUGUCUAGCAUGCGUAAUGGCCCAAUCCUGAAAGAGCGCCAAUGGAACGCAUGGACACGCCUGGGCGAGUAUCUAACCGCGCAGAACAGUGUUUCAAAAAACGCGGAGAAGGCUUCGGAGAACAAAGUCCAUAUUCUAUGUGGCAACACUGAUCCUAUCAUUGUCAAGAGUGAGAUUGUGCCAGAUGCCACGGCUGCUUUGGGUGGCAAUGUUGUCUUCAAGUUCUUUGAAGCAGGACAUGAAUUCCCUAGUACUGAGUAUGAGGAAGUGGCAUCAUACAUUUUCGAAUUACUUUAA